AUGGACACUGAUUACCUACAGAUGCUCAAAAACCUACCUUUAGAACUGUUUUUACGAGUUCUUGAUAAUUUAAAUCCAAUAGAUUUAGAGAAAUUUAUUGAAAUUAUACCAGGUUUGUACAAUCAAGUAAAGGAUCGUUACAAGAUAAUUUAUUGGCCUCCAAAAGUAAAUGAAUCACAAUUUGAAGAUGUUUUCGAAAAUCUAGAUGCUGCAUAUAAAAAUUUGGAAAAUAUUUACCAAUUCAAAGGUUUAAUUUUACUAAAUAUUAAGGAGUUUGGGAAACCAUCAAGAGAUUUAUUAUUCAAUUUUUUAUUGGAAAUUGAACCUGAUAUGAAGUUCAAAGCUUUUAAAUUAUAUGUCAAUAUUGAUAAUUAUCAUUGGUACUACGAACAUGAAGGAUACCGUGUUACCGAUGUUCUAUUUCGAAUUUUAAGAAUUAUACCAAAUACAUUUCAACGUUUUUCACUUCCUGGGUUGAAAAGAAUUGAGUUGGAAAGUCAAUAUUGGAGCCCGGAAGCUUUUGAGUGCUUUGAUUUCUCUGAUGAUAAUUCAUCUGCGAAUCAACAAGCAGAUGAUGAGGUAAAUUUUAUGGGUGGUUUAGAUUCAUUAUCUCUUGAAGGUGAUCUUAGUUCUGAUAUUUUAGAUUCAAAAAUUGCAAUUUUCCCACAACAAUUGAUCUUAAAAGAACAAUCAAUCUUACCACCUUUAGCUAGAAACUGUUUUCAGAAUAUCACGGAGCUGAAAAUAGAUAACGUGGAUUAUGAUACCUUCGGAUUUUUCGAGGUUCCAAACCUUGUUCAUUUAUCGAUCACCACUUAUAAUGCAGGUUUAUUCAAAGUUUCAAACUUCAAAGCAAAAAGUUUAGAAACACUUGAAAUUGAGACAUCUAAUUAUAACUUAGCACUUCAAUCGAAAAGGAUUAACUCAUCACUUCAAUUGAUAAAUAUCGAAACGCCAAAAAUUAAAAAAUUGAAAAUGGUUUGCGGAACUUUCCAUUCUGCUCAUUUUGUUACUUUUGAUACAUUGGAAGAAGUUACAAUUUAUCAAUUUGAUUUUAAGAACUCCACUUGGACGGCAAAGGAUAUGAUAAUUGAUUUGGAAAGUUUGUCAACUGAGUCCUCACAACACCCAUUUAAUUUCAUCAGCAAGGUAAAAAGAAUAAGAGUCAGUAACACCAUUCCUAUCUUCACAAAUAUGCAUUUCCCAAAUCUUGAAAGUUUAACAAUUUUAGAUAAAUUUUAUGGUUAUGAUAUUGAUAGAAACCAAAUCCAUUAUAUUCCAUCGUCAGUCAGUGAAAUAAUAUUCACUAGUGAUUCAAUGUUGAAUGAACUAAUACAUUUAGCUAGACCUGGUAUUAAGAAAAUCCAAUUUCCUGAUGAAUAUACUCCGGAUAAAAUUCGAAUAAUAGACUUGACAGUUUUAUCAAGGUCAUAUCCAGAUGUUGAGUGUUUAAUUUUAGAAAAUUGUCUCAUCAAAGAUUCAAAUAAUGUAAAGAAUCACAAUAUCAAAAAACUGGAUAUAAGCUUCAGGGGAUGGAAUACUGAAUUGAGUUUAAAUUUUGAAGGGGCAGUUUUCAGCCAAUUGAGGAAGUUUAGCCUUAGACAUCCUGGUCCAUUUAAUAGAAAAGUCCACCAGAAGGACUACUUAAACCUCAAAAACUUUGAAGCACCAAAUUUGAAAAAGCUAGUAAUUGAAGAUUUUCAUAUUGAACAUCAUCUUAGUACUUUAGCAUUUCCAAAGUUGAAGAAAUUAACUAUAGAUUAUAUAUCAAGCUUGGAAAUUGUUAGUAGUAAAAUCUUGAAAACAGUUCAUCUUGAUUAUGGAAUUAAAUCCUGUAAUAUUGGGAAGUUACAAUUUGGUGAAUUUCGCAAGUCUAUUAAGUUUUAUCCACCAAGUAAUAUCGAGAGAGAACCAUGGAUGAAUACUUGA